UUCACUGACCCGGAAGUGCUUUUUUAUUGUUGCUGGAACGUUAGCUUGCUAGCAAGCUGAAUAACGUCCGGCUUUACCACUCAAUCAGAUGAUUGAAUAGCUAUCCUCCCCUUCCUACAUGGCAUGAAACUGUUUAUCAGUCACUUGCACCAACUGUCAUUCAGAUAAAGAAACGGCAAGCAAUGGCUGCAGACCUGCAAGCGAAAUACACCAAAUUGGCCCUGGAGUAUUCAAAGCUCCGAGCACAGAACCAGGUCUUGAAGAAAGGCGUGGUAGAUGAGCAGGCCAGCUCCACCUCUCUUAAGGAUCAGGUGAAGCAGCGAGAACAGAGCCUGAGGAAGGUGGAGCAGGAGAUGGACAGUCUCACCUUCAGGAACCAGCAGCUGGCUAAGAGAGUAGAGCUGCUGCAAGAGGAACUGGCUGCCAGCGAGGCCAAGGGCAAGAAGAGCAAGAACAAAGGGGACUCCCCCUCCCAGCAGGGCUUGCAGCAGACCCAGAGUGUGUUUGAUGAGGACCUGCAGAAGAAGAUCCAGGAGAACGAGAGGCUUCACAUCCAGUUCUAUGAGGCUGAUGAGCAGCACAGGCAGCAGGAGUCUCAGCUGAAGGGCCGGUUGGAGCAGCUGGAGAGAGACCAUGAACAGCACCAGGCCAUAGUGGACGGACUCACCUCCAAAUACAUGGACACUAUUGAGAGACUACAGAGUGACAAGGCCAGACUAGAGGUGAAAUCCCAAACUCUGGAGAGGGAAGCUAAAGAGUGCAGAGUUCGGACAGAGGAAUGUCAGCAGCAGUUGAGGAAGUGUCAGUCAGAGCUCAACAGACAGGUGAAAAAGAGCAGCAUUGUCAUCCAGGAGAAAGUGCCCUUCAAUGACACCAAAUUCAGUGACUACAACAGUCUCAACGUUCCACCACACAACAGAAGACACCAGUUGAAGGCCCGAGACGUGGCUGGUCAGGCCUUAGGCUUCGUCCAGGACAUAGUGGCUGCUCUGUUAAACUUCCACUCCUACACAGAGCAGAGGGUACACAUCUACCCCCUGGAUUCCUCUAUCGAACCCAUCUCACCACUCAACCAGAAGUUCUCCCAGUAUCUACAUGAGAAUGCAGCCUAUGUGCGCCCCCUGGAGGAAGGACUAGUGCAACUACACCAGAGCAUCACAGAGGACACAGUAACAGUGCUGGAGACUGUGGGGAAACUCAAGGACUUUGCUGAUCACUUCACCUCCUACACCCACUUUCUGCAGAAGAUUCUACCAUACCAGCUCAAAAGUCUGGAGGAGGAGUGCGGGACUCCUCUGUGUACCUCCUCUCUCACCUCGAAGAACCAGGAGCUGCAGAGUGACAUGAAGAGAAUCACUUCUUUGUUCGACAAACUACACAGCUACAUCAGCCUAUUGGCCUUACCUAGUGUUCGACAGGACUCCAUGCCCCAGAGCAGUUCCUCUGCGGUCUUCACCCAGCUAGCUGCCUGUCUACACAGCCUUCACGAUGCGGUCAAAGAGAUGUCUACUCAUUACAGCCAGAAGGCCAGUCUGGAACAGGAGUUGUCUACAGUCACUCAGAAGCUCCGCACCACUAAUGAGUGUCUGCUGGCUUCCCUGGGCUCCCUCACCAGCAGCACCGGCAAGAUUGCGACAUUCUUCAGCAACAACCUGGAUUUCUUCACGUCUUCGACAGGCUACAGUCCAAGAGGGGGGGCCGGGUCACUCAACCCCCUGCAGGCAGAGAGCAUGCUGGGUAACAAGAAGAAGGCUUCUGACUACAUGCAUGCCAUCAGAAAGCCCAGACCAGAGUCCGUUCCAUACAGAGAGGCCCUGUUGCACCGCCGUGUUCUAACUAGCUCUACAGAGAGCAGAGAGGGACUCACACAACAGGUGGUGGCGAGCCAGGAGAAGAUUGCUCGUCUGGAGCAGGAGAAGGAGCACUGGUUGCUGGAGGCCCAGCUGGGCAGGGUGAGGCUGGAGAAGGAGAGCCAACGCAUCCAGGACCUGGAGACACAGCUCUCCUUUGCCCUGGGAGGAGGAGGCAGCCCAGCCCACUCCCUGGGCCAGGCCCCGGGCAGCCCAGCCCUCACCAGCCUGGAGGACGGAGAGGUGCAGGAGAGAGGAGCAGGGAAGGAGGCUAUGCUAAGCAACAGUCUGGUUGGCAUGUUAACCACAACUCCUACCAACGAGGAAGUGGGAGACGAGGAGUCCAGAGAACAGCUGAUUAAGACCCACUACAUGGCCAGAGUAGGAGAGCUCACCACACAGCUACAGGUCUCUGACAGCAAGGCAGUUAACUUCCACGCUGAGUGUCGAGCCCUGGCCAAGCGUCUGGCUAUCGCAGAGAAGUCACGGGAGACUCUGACGGAGGAGGUCAAACUGGCCAAUCAGAACAUCACACGUCUCCAGGAUGAACUGGCCACGACCAAGAGGAGUUACAAGGAACAGCUCAGUAUGAUGAGCGACCACCUGUGCAGCAUGAACGAGACUCUCAGCAAACAGAGAGAGGAGAUCGACACACUCAAACUGGGCAGCAAAGGAAACUCCAAACUCCUGAAGAAGAGUCGGUAGGAAAGUCUGUUGGGAAACUUGCUCCAUUUUGGAUCGGCAGAGCACCCUGGACUGCGCUUUACUAUGGGACAACCCAACCACUACAGUCCUGUCAGCUCCCAGCACCCCAAGAUGGAGGACCCUGUUAACUUCUCCUCUAUCAGAGGGUGGGCUAUUGGGGGUGUCUCUGAUACCACUCUGCUUAACCAUAAAUAAGCAGUUUAUCUAAUGUGUAUUUCUGAUUGACACAGAUAAUGACUUGUGUAAAGUGCUUCCUAACGUGUGACGGAGGGCAGACUGACAACUGCUUGACCCUUUGACCUUUUGGUUUGAGGGAAGUAGAGGAAAGAUUAAGGAAAAAAAAUACAAAUCCUAGCGAGGUCAUGGAUGCUCACUAAAGUCAGGGAAUGAAGACCACCAGGCCCUCAUGGUUACUGUGUCUUUCUCUCUCUCCUAUCUCUGUGCUAAGCGUAGGAAUGACAGAAAUUUAUAUUAAGUGGGAAGAGGAGAUCAUACAUGAUUGGGGCGACAGCAUAGCCUAGUGGUUAGAGCGUUGGACUAGUAACUGAAAGGUUGCAAGUUUGAAUCCCCGAACUGACAAGGUACAAAUCUAUCGUUCUGCCCCUGAACAAGGCAGUUAACCCACUGUUCCUAGGCCGUCGUUGAAAAUAAGAAUUUGUUCUUAACUGACUUGCCUAGUUAAAUAAAGGUACAAUAAAAUUUGAGCAAGUGAGAAUGUGUUUGCGUGCCUGACUGACUGUGUGGGUUUUCAUUAUGUAAGAGAAUGUCUGUCUGAUACUGUGACUCUUGACUUUCGUGCCAGGCUUUGAGUGGGACAGAAAAUUAUUUAAUCUUUCCAUGUUUUAUUAGAUGGUUUUUAGUUUCAGUGAGAGAGAAUCUGUGCAAAUGUUGUGAUUUGUGAGGGACUGUUAUGUUUACCACAGUCUUCUGUUUGAAGAAGGGCUGCCCCAGAUUAAAUCAAGGAAUGAGUGACCAAUUAAUUAGACACACACUAGCCUCUGACGCCCAGGCUUCGUGCUUAACCGAAAGCCUGAAACAGACACACACACAUUCCCUUAACUAGAUAUCCCAUCUAUCCUCUAGAACGGAUGGAAGAAUCCAUACACUCAUGUAGCAUUGAUGACCUUACUAGCCAGAGGGUGGAGAUAGACAAGGGCUAUGUCCCAAUGGCAGACUAAUUCCAUAUUUAGUGCAAUUGCUUUGGUAAAAAAGUAGUGCACUAUAUAGGGAAUAGUGUGCCAUUUUGGAAGUAGUCCAGGGGUGUAUUCCGUGAGGUGAAACGUAAAGAAUGUGAUGGUGCAGAUAGAAAUGAAGUGACAUACAAUAGAUCUGUCUCGAUUCCCCAAUCAGUUCUAACAUUACAGAACUGUUCUAUGUGAUAUUGCUAUCUGAACUAAACGUUCUGUAAUGUUGCGCUGUUCUGAACUAGGCCUAAGGUAGAGUUCAGAGUUCAUAAAAUGGUGACCGUUUGUGAUGUUUCUGUAGUGUGGAUGUGCACUGAGGAGAACUAUGUCUGCAUCCCAAAUGGCACCCUAUUCCCAAAUAGUGCAUUACUUUUAAACAGAGCCCUAUGGACCCUGGUCAAAAGUAGUGCACUAUAUAGGGAAUAAUGUGGUGCCAUUUGGGACAUAGUAUGUGUAGCACCACAGUCUCCAAACCCAUGUUAUUAUGUAUUGAUGAAAAAGGGUUGUGAAUAUAAUACUCCUUUUGAAUCAUUCAAUGUACAUUUAUUGUAUUGUGUACUUUUAAAAAGUAAUAUACUAGAAAACAAAGGCAUUCAUUCUACGGUUUCAAAUGUCUAAUUUCCAUGACGACCCAAUGAAAUGACUGGUUAAUGAUCAAUGAAAAAGAUAAGAAACAUCAAGGUAAUCAAUCACUCACCUGCAUUUAUUUUUUGAUUAUUGGGUUUGAGAUAUUUGGAAAUAUGUCUAUUGAAAGGCAAUACACACGCAGAAAGGUCCACUCUCUUGGAACUCUAGUGAGACUAUCACUGUUUUGUGUAUGGCGCUUUACAAUUGUAUUAUCGGCAUGUUGGCAAGCUAGUCAACCCCUUGUCUGGAAAUGUGUAAUGACUCUAAACUGUUUACAAUUAACAGCAAGAUCGUGUUCAUUGGGGUACACUGUAGCAAAACUUUUAGCAAUGGAAAAUGCUGUUUCACCCAGUUUUGGAACAUUUUCUUCCAUUUUGUACCUACUUAACACACUUCUGGACUCUUCUUGCUUGUGUGUUCUAGUGAGAUUAUAUAUAUAUAUAUAUAUAUUGUGGCAAAUAAAACAAUUUUAUCCUGUGGACGGUUUAGACCGAAAAUUGGUUUUGACGAGUUUGGAUGCUUCUGACAGGUUUUGACUGGUUCUUACGUGUUCAGUUAAGCCACCAGGUUAACCAAUAACAAGAUCUCUAUUAUAUCUGCCAGUGGAUCUUUUAUAUGAUGAGAAUUCAAGAGGUUUGCCAACAUGCCCUUCACUACUGAAACUUGUAAAACAAUGUAAUCUGACUGACCAACAGAUUGCACAUAUGAAAUGAAUAAUAAAGAGCUCAAUAUUG